AUGGUGAGUCUAACCGUUUCCCACGUUAAAGUCGAGGUUGACCUAACGAAGCCUCUUCCCUCUGUCUUUGAGUUUGAACGCGAAAGCGGUGAGGUGGUAGAAGUUUAUGUGAAUUAUCCGUGGGUGCCUCCAACUUGCUCCCACUGCCAUGAAUUAGGUCAUGUCAUUCGAAACUGCCUCCACUACACUCCCCCUCCUCCAGCCCCGCCUACUGUGGACAAAUCACAAGCCAAUAAACCUGCAGCCCAAACCACCCCAGCUUCUAAAACUACUCGACAAAUAUACAGAAAGAAGGUAGCAGAGUUAAAAAACACUAACCAUGGCUCUGUCUCAGAGACUGGAGGUUCUCGCACUGAUGACAUGAUGCUGGAUACUGUCCCUCCUCCUUCUGCUCCCACUGGUAGCAUCACACCUGCUGCCUCAGAUUCCUGUUUUACCCCUGUCCCCACACCGCGACCAUCCCUCAAGCGUUCUCGUUCUUCACCAACCCUCUCCCCUCCUAUCACUUCGAAUCCAAACCCAUUUAUGCUCCCCUUCCCGCCUUCAUCCUCUUCAAAAACUCCCUUUUUGCCACCCUCUCUUCCCUCCUCUAUUCUCCCUCCUCCCUCAAAAAACCCUUUCCUAUCCAAAAACCAAUUCUCACCCCUCUCCCUUGCACCUGACCCACCAAAAAAGCCGUUGUCCCCUUCAAACCAGCUAAUUAUUACUUCUUUUUUUUCCCGGGAAUCUGCCUCUAAUGGUGGUGACCCUCCUUCUACUUCCCAAUGA